GUUGGAGAGAAAAGUUGGAGCAGGAAACGAGACAGCGAGACGCGACAGGGGAGAAGCGUCGAGAAACGCACCGCCCCGCUAGGGCCCUAGGCUGCCUCCGCCCGCCCGCACCGGUGGGUGGAUAGGGAAGUAGGGGGAAGAUCUCGGCCACCGCCGUCGCGCGCGCGCGGAUCGCGUCACGAUCUCGCCAGGCCCCCCCCGGUCCCGGCGCGGCUCGUCGCCGGCGUCGCGGAGCAGAGAGGGGGGUGGGGUGGGGGGGCUCGGAGUGGGGGAGGCUUUUACAGCGGCGGGCCCCGUGGCGCUGUUCCGGGGCUGCUUCUCCUUCGGGUCGGGGGGGCGGAGGAGGCCCGCCGCCUCGCCCUUGCCCUCGCCGCCGCGGGUGCCGCCAGCCUCCGCCUCUGCGCUAGCGGCAGCGGACGACGGCGCCAAGAUGAAGGGCCUCUUCAAGUCCAAGCCGCGGACGCCGGCCGACGUCGUGCGGCAGACGCGCGAGCUGCUCGUCUUCCUCGAUCUCCAUUCCGGAUCACGCGGCGGCGACGCCAAGCGCGAGGAGAAGAUGGCAGAAUUAAGCAAAAAUAUCAGGGAGUUGAAGUCUAUUCUUUAUGGCAAUGGUGAAUCAGAACCUGUGACUGAGGCUUGCGUGCAAUUGACCCAAGAAUUCUUCAGAGAGAACACUUUAAGGCUGCUAAUUAUCUGUCUUCCAAAGUUGAAUUUAGAGACCAGGAAAGAUGCAACUCAAGUUGUUGCAAACUUGCAAAGACAGCAAGUUUCCUCGAAAAUAGUUGCAUCUGAGUACCUAGAAGCAAAUAAAGAUCUUUUGGACACCUUAAUUUCUGGGUAUGAGAAUAUGGACAUUGCUUUGCAUUAUGGCUCUAUGCUGAGGGAAUGCAUUCGCCACCAAAGUAUUGCAAGGUAUGUUUUAGAGUCUGACCACAUGAAGAAGUUCUUUGACUAUAUACAACUUCCAAAUUUUGACAUAGCAUCAGAUGCUUCUGCGACCUUUAAGGAACUUCUGACAAGGCAUAAGGCAACAGUGGCAGAAUUUCUAUCGAACAAUUAUGACUGGUUCUUUUCAGAAUUCAACUCAAGGUUGCUAUCAUCAACCAACUACAUAACAAAAAGGCAAGCUAUCAAGUUGUUGGGAGACAUGCUGCUUGAUAGAUCAAAUUCUGCUGUCAUGAUGCGCUAUGUUAGUUCAAAAGAUAAUCUUAUGAUUCUCAUGAAUCUCUUAAGAGAUUCAAGCAAAAAUAUUCAAAUUGAAGCAUUUCAUGUGUUCAAGUUAUUUGCGGCAAAUAAAAACAAGCCACCUGAGGUUGUAAACAUACUAGUUACAAACCGAAGCAAGCUUCUUCGAUUUUUUGCCGGAUUCAAGAUUGACAAAGAGGAUGAACAGUUCGAGGCAGACAAGGAGCAGGUCAUAAUGGAGAUUUCCGCACUUUAGUGUACUUGUGUUGCUUGGCGAGGUUUUGGUCAAUGCGUUGCCUGAGUGGUUAUCUCGUGGACUGCUGUAUUCACCCCCAGCCCCGAGAGGCUUAGCAUGGAUCCACCGCGAGUAUAUGUGUUCGCGAUGGCCGGUGGCUGGAGGAUGUUGUUGGAUGAUUUCUUAGGAGCUUCUUGUGUAAUAAGACUUCUACCUUGAUAUGUUGGAUUCAUGCAAAUCAUAUUGAUGGUGCUAUGAAAGAUGUGAUAUGUUUACAUAUUUUAACUA